CUAGAGAAAAGAUACUUAAUAACAAAACGAAACAAUGUCUUCCGUGAAAGUAGCUGUUCGUGUACGACCAUUUAAUAGAAGAGAAAUUCUAAUGAACAGCGAAUGUGUCAUAUCUAUGUCGGGUCAAUCUACUAGCAUUAAAAAACCAAACUCCAAAGAACCUUCUAAAGUAUUUGAGUUCGACUACAGUUAUUGGUCGCAUACAGAUAAAUCGGAUCCAUUAUACGCAGAUCAAAAACAAGUUUACAAUGAUAUUGGUAGUGAUGCUCUUAACCAUGCCCUUGAAGGAUAUAAUGUAUGCAUAUUUGCGUAUGGUCAAACUGGAUCAGGAAAAUCUUACACAAUGAUGGGUAAACCUGGUGUUGAAGGUCAAGAAGGUAUUAUACCACAGUUAUGUCGUGAUCUUUUCAAGAGGCUGAACAAAACAACUUCUGGUCAAAUAGUACAACAUAUGGUUGAAGUAUCAUAUAUUGAAAUCUAUUGUGAACGUGUAAGAGAUUUACUGGAUCCAAAAAAUAAAGGAAAUUUACGUGUAAGAGAACAUCCUAUUCUUGGACCAUAUGUUGAAGAUUUAUCGAAAUGUGCUGUUAUUUCAUUUGAUGAAAUUAAUGAACUGAUCGAUGUGGGUAAUAAAGCAAGGACUGUUGCUGCUACAAACAUGAAUGAAACCAGUAGUAGAUCACAUGCUGUUUUCACAAUAGUUGUAACACAAAAAACUGAAGAUGUUUCGUAUGGUACAGUAAGCGAAAAAGUCAGUAAAAUAAGUCUGGUCGAUUUGGCUGGGAGUGAAAGAUCAGAUGCUACAGGUGCAACUGAUAUCCGUUUGAAAGAAGGAGCAAACAUUAAUAAGUCACUUACAACACUUGGAAAAGUAAUAGCUGGUUUGGCGGAUAUGAGCUCAAAACGAAGAAAAAAGAAUGAUUUCAUACCAUAUCGUGAUUCUGUGCUUACUUGGUUAUUAAAAGAAAAUCUUGGUGGUAAUUCACGUACAACAAUGAUUGCAGCUUUAUCACCGGCCGAUGUCAAUUUUGAUGAGACUUUAUCAACUUUACGUUAUGCAGAUCGUGCCAAAAGUAUUGUAUGCAAAGCAAUCAUCAAUGAAGAUCCAACAGCAGUGUUGAUUAGAGAAUUAAAAGCUGAAGUAGCCCGAUUAAAGCAAAUUCUAAAAAUGGAAGAUCAAAUGAAAACCUCUAUUACCAUUGGAACUUCACCUAUAUCAAAUCAAAAUUCGACAGAAACAUUUGUGUAUGAAGAAGAAACAACUUUGGAAGCUCUGAAAGCUUCUGAAAAGUUGAUUGCUGAAUUAAAUGAAACAAUGGAGACAAAAUUAAGAAAAGCUGAAAAACUUCGAGAACAAAGAGAAAAUGAAUUAAUGGAAAUGGGGAUCGCUAUUCGUGAUGGUGGAGUCAGAGGUGUAUUUUCUCCAAAAAAUACUCCACAUUUAGUGAAUCUUAACGAAGAUCCAGCCAUGUCAGAAUGCCUUAUAUACUAUCUUAAGGAGGGAAAAACUGUAGUUGGUCAAUUGGAAUCGGAAUCAGGAGUUGAUAUUGGCUUAAGUGGUCCACUUAUUCAUAAUGAACACUGUAUUUUCUACACUGAAGGCAGUAUGGUUGAAUUUGAACCAGUUGAUGAAGCUGAAUGUUACGUAAAUGGAAGUUUAGUUACGACGCGCAUCCAACUUCAAACAGGUGCCCGUGUAAUUUUAGGCAAAAGUCAUGUGUUUCGUUUCAAUCAUCCUCUGCAAAGUCGUGAGAAGAAAAAUGCCUCUACUGAUAUGUCAGCUAGUGUUACAGAACCAAUUGACUGGAAUUAUGCUAUCAGUGAAUUAUUAUCAAAACAAGGUGUUGAUUUAAGAAAAGAAGUAGAGAAUCGUCUGAUACAACUGGAAGAACAAUAUCGUCGUGAAAAAGAACAAUCAGAUAAAUUUUUUGAUGAGCAACGGAAAGAAUAUGAAGGUCGUAUACAAAGUUUACAAGAACAAGUUGAACGUCAUUCAAUGUUAGGCUCCAUGAUUCAAGAAGACGUGGUUAAUGAAUCAGAAAGUGAUGAAACUAAACAUGAAUGUAAAUGGGGCGAUCGUGAAUACGAAUUAGCUCGAUGGGCAUUCAAUAAAUGGAUUAAUCAUCAAUUUACAUCAUUACGAUGUCAAUUAUGGGAAAAUGCUGUCUAUCUAAAAGAAGCAAAUGCACUAAGCGUAGAAUUAAAUAAAAAGAUUCAAUUUCAAUUUGUUCUAUUAACCACCACACCAUAUACAUCGAUUCCGAAUGAAUUAAAUCCUAUGGAUAAAUCAAAUUAUGAUUCAUGUGAAAAUCAAUGCAGUGAAUGUUCAUCUAUUCAAAGUAUACCGGAAGUAGAAAAUGAAUUUGAUCAAUUCACCAAUUCCUAUUGGAAUCAAUUAGAAAAAAUUUAUAAAAAUCGACAAAAAAAUUCAACUAUUUUAGUAAUAGAAAUUCGUGAUCUUUUAAAUGAUUUAAUACAAUAUUGUAGUUUGAAUACAUUUCAACGUCGUCUUCAAGCAAUGCGUGAUUAUUAUGAAGUUGAGACAGCAUUUUCCCCAACACAGAAAACUAUUGAAUAUAAUUCAUUCAAUGACAAACAGCAAAAGCCCAAUGACAGUGAAGUACCAUUUAGUGAAAUAAAAAAGGAUCCAUUCCGAAAUGAAUUUCCUUGGUAUCAUCGAAUUGGCAGAGGUCUGUUAUACUUAAAGAAUCUGUACUAUGGCAUUCCAAUGACUAGUCAAGUUACUUUGUUAAAUGAACAUAGCUCAGUGACUGGGAUUUUAAAUAUUGAAGUUAAACCAAUUUUCGAUUUAAACAAAUGUGAGAAUAAAGUAACUGAUGAUCAAUCCAUUUGUCAAUCUGACACAAAUACAGAAACAAAUACAAGUGAUGAAUUGGAAAUUGUGUUUGACAACUUACAGUACAUCAAAUGGAGAUCUCUGAUGCUACCGACGAAUAGUUUGAAAACUGAUGAAUAUGACACACAUGAAAAUAAAGUUAACAAACCAAAAGAUAAUAACGGGAUAGAAGAUUUUCAAGCACUUCAAAGCGUUUCCAAUCAGAAGGAAGGUUCAGAUGAACAAAUCAAUCCUCAUGAUAACGAGAACGGAUUAAAAUGUAGAUGCCGUAAUCAGUUCUCUCAUGAAUCAACACUGACUGAUCAACACAAAUCUACCGAAGAAUGGUUGAUGGAACAGUCACAAUUGUCAGAAAAUGAUUUACCUCUUUUUUUAAAGCUUGGUAAAGUAUUCAAGUUUUGUAUAAAUAUUUUAAAUGCAAAGAAAUUCAAUUCAUCUUUUACUGAUAUCUUCAUUCAGUACAGAUUUCAACCUCAGCAUAAUGAAAUUUUUUCAACGGACACUGUACCAUAUGACAGUAAAAUGAAUGGUGCCAAUAUUAUGCAAUCACAAAAUUUCAAAGUGACCAACACAAUUGCAUUUAUCGACUAUCUCCUUAAUUAUCCAGUUGAAUUUGAUGUUUAUGGGCAUUUCGUUGACAAAACCACAGAAAAUAAUAAUACUCAAGUAACCGAUAAUCAAAAUAUUUUGAAGUGUCGCCGACAUUGUGUACCUCCGACCCUCCCAAGUUCAUACCCUGUGCCUGCGUUACGUUUGUCCGAUUCCGAAGCAGUUAAAAAUUCUGAAAUAGUGCAACGUUAUGAUAUACUUGUCUGGUUUGAAAUAUUAGAAUUAAAUCGUAAUGGCGAAUACGCACCUGUGCCAGUUGAUCGAUUAGACGAAACUCCAUGUCAGGGCAUAUUUCUUAUUCAUCAAGGGAUUCAAAGACGUCUAGCAAUAACAUUGGUACAUGAAUUUCUUGAUCCAAUAAAAUCUGAUAGAAUAGACAACCACUUGAAUUGUUCCCAGAUUUGUCUUUUUCAAGGAGUACAUGAAGUAGUUGUUGGUCGAGUACGUGAAAAUCCUGAAUGGUUGGAUUCGGAUGAGCAUACUCAUAUCCUGUCACUAUCGUUAUUGCCCGCUCAACAAAUUCACGAAACAAACAGUGAUCGUAUAUCGUUUCGAUUUGAAGCAGCAUGGGAUUCAUCACUACACGCUUCAAAACUAUUAAAUAACGUUACACCCAACGGUCAACGUGUCUACAUGACAGUAUCAUCAUAUCUGAAAGUAGAUGGUUGCCGUCGUCCGGUUUGUAUGACAAAAGAUAUUGCAAUGAUUGUUUUUCCUCGUGAAUCUAAAUUUCUAGCACCAAGUCCACGUCUUUCACCAAAUCCUACUCGUGCUAUACUUAGGUCUUUAUGGUCGAUUUGGAACGCAUUUUCCAGAAGCGCAGAAGCAAAUCAUGUAACCGCUGUUUAUGAUUUACAACUUGGACAUACUUCUUCAAAAAGUAAAAAUAUCUAUAAUAAAUCAAUCAUGGACACUAGUCUUACAUAUGUUCGAGGUGAGGAAAAUAUAAAAGGUUGGAGACCAAGAGGAGAUUCUUUAAUUAUUGAACAUCAAUGGGAAUUGGAACGUUUUCAUCGUAUAUCAAUGGUGGAGAAAACCAGACAAAUGUUGAAACUUCGUGAACUUUUAGGAAAUGCACAGAAACUAAUCUCAAGUCGUUAUUGCCGUUCGGAUACAAUCAAAGCAAAAGUAUCGGAUAGCUCUAAUUCUUUAAGACUUUCAGAAAAAUCAUCACCCCCUAAUAAUAAAAAUAUUUCUCCAGCAAGACCAACUACACUUGAUUUAACAAAUAUAAAGAAGAAUGGUACAAAUAACAACGAUUUGAGAAAUGUAUCAACUACUGAACAAAAUUCGAAACCUACUAGUGAAAAUAGUCUAACAAGUAACGACGUUGAAAUGUCCAAGAAUCAGUUACUCAUUAAAUGUUUAACAGCUUUAACUAAUUAUAUGCCUAUCAGUAAAUAUUUAUCUCGACACUUUGGGAUUACAACGAAACAACCUUAUCUAUUUGAAUCAAUUACUAGUAACAAUUCAACAUCGAGUGUAUCAAAAUCCGAUAGUGAUUUUCAUUCGGAUGAUGUUAGAAUUAAUACACGAAUGGAUAUCACAAAUAGUGUCUAUUCUGAUGAAGCUGCUGAAGUGAACUUUAGAUCAUUCAGUUCUGGUAUACCUAGAUCGGUUACAACUGAUUCAAUACAAAAUAUACUCAAUGGAGAAAGCUACUUCUCAUCAAAUUAUUUAGUUGGUGAAUGUGAUGAGGUUCGUGUUAGCCCAGUGACUAGUCGUAAAGGAUAUUUAUUAGUCUUAGAGGAAAGAACAGCUGGCUGGUUACGUAGAUGGGCUGUUGUUCGUAGACCUUUCCUAUAUUUAUAUAAUCAUGAAAGGGAUUUCAUUGAAAGAGGUCUUAUAAAUUUAACUACUUCACAGAUAGAAUAUGAUAUGAAUAUGGCGUAUAUGACAAAAGACGAUUUAUUGGACGAUACAAAAACAAAUUCUGUCCAUUUCAGUUCUACUAAUGAAUCAGUUAUGUCGCCAACAUCAUUAUUUCCAAGUAAAGUGAAUAUGUUCACUUUAAUAACAGACACGCGAACUUUAUUAAUACAAACAAUAACAGAGGAUGGUUCAGAUAUUCAUGAUUGGUUGUAUGCAUUGAAUCCAUUGAAAGCAGGUGAAAUUCGUUCACGUUUAGGAAGAAAACGAAGAGCAAGAAAUCCGAUAAAGUGAAACAUUAUGGGGAAUAAAAAGAAGCAAUCACUGUUUUAUAUACAUAUAUAUACAUACCUAUACUUGAAUAAUAAAACUGAUGAGAUAAAUCACGAAAAAAAACAAUAGGAUAAAAGAUUUAAACAAUACAAUAAUAUUUUAUUAUUUUAACUAAUCAAUUGAACAAGUUACAAAAUAUUUAUAUCUAUGCUGUUAUUUGAAUUAACCUCGCGUGAGUACGCUAAUUUAUUAAGCUCCAGAUUUCGUCAGAAAAUGCUUUUUGAUCAACUUCAUUCAAAAUAUAUAUUUUAUUAUUUAUAAUAUUUAUGUGAUCAAUCAAAACGCCAGUAAAUGGCACUGCGAAAGAAUUCUGUCUCAUAACCAACCUUCAGUCCCUACUGUUUAUUUGUAUUUUUUUCGCGAAAUUUCAUUAUUUUUAUUUUCCAUGAAUUUUAAUGCUUUACUUUGAUUUCCCAGUCUAUUUAUCUCUCAAAGUAUAUUGAAUAGAACAUUGAAUUAGUCAUAUGAAGAAGUUCGCUGUUGACAAUUUCAAUUUAUUUGAAAUCAUGAUCAAGUAUACAUGUAUUUACAAUUGUAUUUGUAUUAUGAAAUAAAUAUGUAACUCAUGUGAAUAUCAAUGUUUGCAUUUUUGUUUUUGCUAAGUAUAACAUUUAUCAAAGCGUUGUGAGCAUAAAAUCUGUUCAAUUUUUGUUUCGUUUCGCUUUACAGCUACUGUUUAACAUGCAAUCAUGACAUGAAUUACCGUGUGUAACCUAUAAAUUCUUAUUGAAUUUUUGUUUUAACUUAUCUUACCAAUGUUUAUUAAUUGAAAAUUUAAUUUUGAAAACAUGACAACAAAAUUAUCCGUCCAAUUACAAAUGGUUUUAUUUAAACAAGAACUGUUUACUAAUUUUAUGUCAACCUAUUUUCUUGUAUUCAUUG